UUCUACAAAAUAUAUCAAAUUGAAAAGGAUAACAAGAAAUAAAAAAAAAAAUAAACAUUUUUUUAUUUAAAUUUGAAAAAAAAAAUUAAAAAAAUGUUGUGGCAAAAUAUUCAAGAAGAAAGCAUGGAUAUUAUUGAAUGCACAAGUCUCAUUUCAAAUAAUUUCACAUUAAAUGGAAAUGAUGAAACAGGUGGCAAUAUAAAUAAUAAUAAUAACAAUAAUGAUGAUAAUUAUAAAUCACGCAAUAAUAUCAGCCAAAGGAGGCUACUACAUUUUUCGGCAAUACAAAAUGAUAAAGAACUUUUUGAUGAUUUUACAUUAUACGAUGAACAGACAACAAUUUCACCAACAAAAUUUCGUAAAGAAAAUUUACAAUUUUCUCCAAGAAAUGAUGAUAAAUUUACUUCUUUAGAUGAAUACGAUGGUAGCUCAGUUGAUUCAGGUUUUGGUCAAUUUAAUAGUCAAAUAACAAAAUUUAAAUUUAUUGAACCAAAAUUACCGAUGAAACAACAACAGCAACUAAAUGUGGAACCAUCACCUCGCAAAUAUUUAAUUAACAAUAAUAAUAAUAAUACUUUAAAUAAUAAUUUUAAUUAUAACUUCAAUGUUCAAACAUCGCCAACAAAUUUUAAAAUAUUUCAUUCAUUAAGUUCUGGUUCAAUGGAAUCAAUUGAUGAUGAAUGGUCCGAUUUAAUUGAAAUGGAGUCAUUAGAUGAAGAACAAACAUUUCCUUCAAAUCUUACAUCAUUAAUAAGUGGCCAUAUUAAAACAAUUCGUACAACACCAGAAUCAAAAUAUAAUGAAAAUAAAAAUUUUAAUAAUAACAAUAGUAAUAAUAGUCGCCCGAACGUACGUCGAUGUUUAAGUUUAAAUGAAUAUAAUAUUAAUUCAAGAAAAGGCUUAUUUGAAAAUGAUAAUAAUAAUAACAGUACCGAGUAUAUUAAUAGCCCUUUAGAGCAAUAUAAUAGAACUUUAACGCCAAAGACACCAGAAAUCCUGAGAACAGUACAAGAACAACAAUUAGAUUUAACACCGAACUCAUCAAACCCAUCGUACAUUUUUCAUCAACAUCAAAUGCAUGUUGAAAAAUGUUUUAAAAGACCAGAACCACCAUGCUUUAGUCCAAUACAAAGUAAAAGAUAUAAGACUGAAUUAAAAAGUCAACAAGCGAAUUCAUAUCAACAAUAUGAUUUACAGCAAUCAAAAUCUGCAUCAAUAAUUGAGGAUAAAGAAAAUCAUAAUAUUUCAUCAAAAAUUAAUAUACAAGAAAUUGGAAAAUGUAAUCGUCCAAUUUUCCGUAAAAGUAUGUCAAUGAAUGAUGCUGAUAUUAUGACAGCACUUUCAAGAUCAUCAGAUGAACCUGAAUUAAUUGGUGAUUUUAGUAAACCAUUUUGUUUGCCAUUAAUGGAAGGUAAACAUCGAGAUUUAAAAUCAAUAUCAAGUGAUACAUUAGCAAAAUUAUUGCACGGGCAUUUCAAAGAUACUGUUGCAAAUUUUAAAAUUAUUGAUUGCCGUUAUCCAUAUGAAUACGAUGGGGGCCAUAUAAAAGGUGCAAGUAAUUUAUAUACACAAGAACAAAUUUUAGAUGAAUUAGUUAAUUGUAAGACUGAGGCUCCAGUUGUUCAUUCAAACGGACCUAAACGAAAUAUACUCGUUUUUCAUUGUGAAUUUUCAUCGGAACGUGGUCCAAAAUUAUCACGUUUUUUACGUAAUCAUGAUAGAUGGCGUAAUUCAAAUUCAUAUCCAGCAUUACAUUAUCCAGAAAUUUAUUUACUUCAUGGUGGCUAUAAAGAAUUUUAUGAAAAUUUUUCUGAAUUAUGUGAUCCAAUAUCAUAUAGGCCUAUGCUUGAGCCAUCAUUUGGAGAACAAUAUCGGCAAUUUAGAGCUAAAUCAAAAAGUUGGAAUGGUGAUGUAAAAGGCUCAUGUGCUAAAAACGGUUUAAAAAAAUCAAGGUCGCGAUUACUUCUGUAAAAAAAAAAACAAAAGAAAAAAAAUAA